AUGAGCUGCAUAACUCUUGAACUCUUUCAGCUAUUACGUAAAGCUGAACGAGUUUGUGAUAGGUUCAUAAGUGUAGCGAUAUCGGCACGAUUGCUCCGUCGAGAACAUUCUGCCCAUAAUGCUGGAUUAGGAGUUCAACGACUAGCUGAAGUCUAUGCUGGUGUUGGUGCAAGGACGGUUGCGAUUUAUGCACAACAAUUGAGCACCUCCGUGAUUAUUUAG